GUUGAAUUUCGGCGCUCGUCGCAGUUACAGUAAAACAGUUCGCACACUCACUCGCGCAGAGUCCUAGCCAGCAUGAAGAUUUUUGUUUGUCUGUUAGCUGCUUGCAGCAUGGCCCAUGCGGGAUUCCUGGGCGGCGGCGGCGGUAGCGCCCUCAGCUCAGGCUGGUCUUCGGGUGGCGGCCAUGGAGGCGGCUACUCAGACGGUGGCGGAUAUUCAGGCGGCGGCGGCGGAUAUUCUGGUGGUGGCGGUUAUGGAGGUGGCGGCACUGUGAAGAUAAUAAAGGUCAUCUCGGAUGCAGGCGCAAGCGGUGGUGGCUACUCCGGCGGUGGAUAUUCUGGUGGUCAUGGCGGCGGCGGGUGGUCCUCAGGCGGUGGUGGUGGCGGCUACUCAGGUGGCGGCUACUCCGGCGGCGGCUACUCUGGCGGCGGCUACUCAGGUGGCAGCACUGUUAAAAUUGUAAAAGUCAUCUCGGACACUGGAGCCAGCGCAGGAGGUUACUCCGGCGGCGGUGGUUACUCCAGUGGUCACGGUAGCUACUCCGGCGGUCAUGGUGGCUACUCCGGCGGCCAUGGAGGCUACUCUGGUGGUCACGGUGGAUCCUCCGGCGGCGCGGUGCAAAUCAUUAAAGUCAUCUCAGAUGCUGGCGCAAGCAGCGGUGGUGGCUAUGGCGGCGGUAGCAGCGGUAGCGGCUGGGCACCUCAAGGCGGUUGGGCCCAGAGCAGCUGGUAAGGCUUUGCCAUAUAUAGAAAGCUUCACCACUACUGUGUUUUUUUCUACAUCCCAUAAGUCCCCAAAUUGUAAAUACUCAUUUAUCAAAUAAAGUCAAGAAUAUUUUUCACACAAAACUAAA